AUGGCACCUGACGUUAGAAUAGUGAACAGUAUGGACGAAAAAAGUGAAAUCAAUCUUAGACGCAGCGUUGCUCCUAGUAUGAAUAUUAAUAGCCAUCUCGAUUUGAUAUUCACGCGUUUUUAUCUGAUUAUUGGAGCUCGUCGUUUCAACGGUAUGUUAAUGAUCAUCGUCGGUGGUCUGCCGAUCAUUAAAAAUACAAUAAAAUAUAAUAAGAGUAAAGUGCAAGAAAAAAAUAUAUAUAUAUAUAUAUAUACAGUUCGUACAGUGAAUGUGCUGGAGGACCGUUUGGACAGCAGGGUCGACACGAUGGUCGAGACCGGUCUGGUGCAGGAACUGCUUGACUUUCAUCAAAGAUACAACGAGCAACGGAUUAAGUCCAACACGUCAGCCGAUUACACGACGGGCAUCUUUCAGAGCAUCGGCUUCAAGGAGUUCCACGCUUACCUCGUGCUGCCCGAGGAGGAGAAGCGAGAGAAAAAGGGGCAGGAAUUGUUACAAAAGAGCAUUGAGGAUCUAAAAAUGGUUACAAAAAGAUACGCAAAGAAGCAGGAAAAAUGGAUUCAAAAUCGCUUGAUUCGUCGCAGUGAUAGACAGGUACCGCCAAUUUAUGUAUUAAAUUGCACAAAUGUGGAUCAGUGGAACAGUCGUGUCUAUGAACCAGCUGUGGCAAUAAUCGAGGCUGUAUUGAAGGGUGAGAAACCAGAGCAGAAACCUGUAAAUGAGACGUUCACAGGUCCUGUGGAAAACCAAAUAUUUCACGAUAGUAGCAACGCCGAAAAAUAUUAUUGCGAUAUCUGCGAGAGGAUAUUUAUAGGUGAAUUUCAAUGGAACCAGCAUCAACAAAGUAAUAAACAUAAGAGGACUUUGAGAAGGAAACAAAGAUUGGAAAAACAAAAAAAGUUGGAAGAACAAGAAAAGUUGGAAGAAGAAAAAAAGACUGAAAAAGAUCUAUGAUAAAAAUUUAUAUACUCCAUUCCGUAUGCUGUGAUUCUAUUUUGUAAAAUACUUUGAAAAAAAUAGUAUAUUUUAUGCUUAUAGUUUUUAUUGUACAUAAAAAUGUUUGGAAUAU